AUGGCACAUCUUCGCCGACUACCCUCCAUCCCACGCCAACCGAACUAUGCUUUCCUUCGCAGCCACUACCAGUCCUAUACCUCCGCUCCGUUUUUGUCUCGCCUCAUAAAUAUCCACCCGGAAGUCGCUGAUGCCAUCGCCAACAACCGUCCUGUAGUGGCUCUCGAAUCGACCAUAUACACUCACGGAGCACUUAGCGAGGACUUCCCUCACGCGCUGGACCGCCUUGUUCGGGAGCAUGGGGCCAUCCCUGCUGUAUGUGGCGUCUAUGCGGGCGUGCCGACGGUUGGCCUCCAGCCCGCUGAGAUUAUGCGUAUGGUUUCCGAGGGAGCGAAGAAAGCAUCGCGCCGCGACCUGGCAUAUCUAGUCGGGAAAGGUGAUAAGUUGCAUGGAGGUACGACCAUCUCGGGGACGAUGGUGCUUGCACGGCUAGCGGGUAUUCGGGUGUUUGGUACAGGCGGACUAGGCGGCGUCCAUCGCGGCGGAGAGAGCUCUAUGGACGUGUCGGCCGAUCUAACUGAGCUAGGACGAACACGGGUCGCUGUUGUCAGCAGCGGAUGCAAAGGCUUUCUGGAUAUACCUCGUACGCUAGAGUACCUGGAGACUCAAGGGGUGUUGGUGGCGACGUUUGCUGAUGAGGGCCAGGAGCGGGUAGAGUUUCCUGCGUUUUGGGCACGAGAAAGUGGCUCACCCAGCCCGGCUGUUGUGAGGGACGAGAAGGAAGCUGCUGGUAUCAUUUUGGCACAGGAGAAACUGGGAAUUGAGUCAGGGUUGCUCUUUGCGAACCCGAUACCGAAGCAGUUUGCCAUCCCAAGGAAGGACAUGGAAGAGAUCAUCGCUACUGCGGUGAGGGAAGCAGAGGAAAAGGGGUUUACUGGGAAUGCGAAUACCCCAUACAUUCUCAAGAGAAUCAGAGAAUUAAGUCAGGGUAAGAGUGUGCCAGCGAACAAAGCACUGGUCGAGGCCAAUGUUGGUCGGGCAGCCAGGAUUGCUGUUGAGCUGGCCAAGAUGUUAGAUGGUUCUCCCGUGACCCCGAGGACGGUCACAACCACUACAACUACAACCACAACAACUACUUCAUAUGAAGGUUUUGAUGCCGCUGGCAAACCAUCUGCGGGGCGCAUGAUAAACGUUGAAUCAAAAGAGGUAGAGGCAAAGACCAAGCCAGAAAUUGAAAGCCACCCAGUUGAUGUCCUGGUAGCUGGCUCUGUAGCCCUCGACCUGAAUUGCAACUACGUCGGCGGUGCUGGCUCAGCAGAGAGUAGCGACAAGGUCACACCAGCCAUGCACACUUCGAACCCGUCCACCAUCCACCAGUCGAUUGGCGGCGUUGGCCACAACAUCGCUCGCGCUGCCCACUUGGUCAGCGACGAAGGCAAGGUGCGUCUGUGCAGUAUGGUCGGCGACGACAUUGCUGGCCACACAAUCCUGUCGACCCUGCAAUCUUCGGGCCUCGACACAUCAUGCAUUCGCCAACUUGGCCACGAAUACCCAUCCGCGCGGACAGCCCAGUAUGUGGCUGUUAAUGAUGCCAAUAAAAACCUCGUCAUGGCCAUGGCAGAUAUGGCUAUCUUCUCCAGCCAUUCUUUCCCAGCCUACUGGAACUCAGCUGUGGCCGCUGCCCGCCCCAAGUGGCUUGUUGUUGACGCCAACUGGUCUGAACACGACAUCCAAUCGUGGAUCCAGGCCGGCAGACGGCACGGUGCAAAAAUCAUUUUCGAACCCGUCUCCGUCGCCAAAUCUCAACGUCUUUUCCCAAAUCUGGACGCAUGGAGACGCCAUCACCACCAUCAUAAACACGACUUUGUCAUUCCUCAUGAACUCCCCGUCCAUCCCCGUCCUUUGGUUGACUUGGCAACCCCUAACCAUCAUGAACUACUUGCCAUGUAUCAAGCGGCCAAAGCUCACGGUCACCUCGACACCUCUGCCUGGUUCGACGUAAUCGAUGCAUUUGGCAUCACGGGCCGUUCAUCCGGGCGUGACCGCUUCGAUGCCAUCUUUUCACAGCACAACGCCCGCGAUCUUGUCGAUGCUGGCCUGCCUGUUCAGUCUAUUUCUCUUUUGCCGUACAUUCCUACGCUCAUCACAAAACUCGGGCCCCGCGGCGCCCUACUGACAGCCCUUCUUCCUCCAGAUGACCCUCGCCUGAGAGAUCCGGGACAUUCCAGAUGGGUGAUCUCGCGCUGUGCAGUGCCGGAUCAUCCACAUAUCGGUGGUGUGUACAUGCGUCUGUACCCGCCGGCAGAGAAGGUGCCUGAUCAGGAGGUAGUGUCAGUCAACGGGAUUGGAGAUACGUUUGUGGGUGUUUUAGUAGCUGGUCUGGCGAUGGGUGGCCGGGUUGAGAGGUUGAUAGAUGUUGCACAACGGGCAGCAGUUCUAACUCUUAGGAGUCAGGAGGGGGUUAGUGAGGAUGUGAGAGGGUUAAGAAGGGUCUUGAGUGGGAUUGUGAAGGAAUGA